AUGGCUCUAAAACGGAAUGUACCGCCGCCGGUGAAGAGUAUUUUGGACAUUGACUCAAAACUUACUUCAGUUAUUUGUAACUCAGUUUCUAGGUUUUUGCCUGUUCGCAGUUUUACCACAUAUUACAAAGGAUUAGAGUAUUCGUGUCAUGGAAUUGUAUGGAUUGCCUGUUGGUUGACUUUCAUUUGGUUUGCUUGGUCAAAAUCUUUGUUUCAAAUGCAAGUUAACCUUCUUAUUGGAUUAUUUAUUGAUAUUUUUGCGGUUGCUACUAUAAAAGCAUUUGUUCGUCGCCGUCGACCUGUAGGCAACAAGAAUGAUCAAUGGGUUACAAUUGGCCCUGAUGUCUACUCUUUUCCGUCAGGACAUGUGUCAAGAGCAUUUUACAUAUUAUUUUAUUUUUACAAAUUGUAUCCGUUAAAUGAAUUUAUGGUAUUGUUUUUAUGUGUUUGGGCAGUAGCUGUGGCUUUUAGUCGAAUACUUUUAAGACGUCAUCAUUUAUUAGAUGUAAUUGCUGGCGGUGUAUUAGGGUAUUUUAUAACAUUUGUAGUAUCUGUAAUUUGGAUCGACCAAAGUACAGCCGAGUAUUUGGUAUCGUAUGUGUCAGAUGAUAAAUUGGAGGGUGGAGAAUAUCAUGUGUAA